GCAGUCGGGAGCGGGCGGAGCGGGCGCCGGCGGAGGCCGCAGCGGGACGCGCCGGCCGGGCCGGGGCUGUCCCUGCUCACGCCUGAGGAUGGGGGAGAUCGAAGGCACCUACCGAGCCCUGCAGACACCGGGAACGCGUCUGGGGAUCCAGACGAUGCCCGGGGGCGUGAGCACCCUGGAGCCAGGCCAGAGUCUCAGUGCACCCUGCGUGUCCGUGGCCGCCAGCGCGCGGGAGAAGCUCCUUCCUGUGUGUGUGAAGCUGCUGGAUGACACCGUGGAGACAUUCGACAUCGAGCCCAAGAGCCACGGCCAGGCACUGCUGACCGCCGUGUGGAUGCGUCUGAACCUGGUGGAAAGCGACUACUUCGGCCUGGAGUUCCAGAACGCCCCGCCGCACUGGAUUUGGCUCGAGCCCAUGAAGCCCAUCGCGAGACAGAUCCGAAGGCCCAGGAACACGGUGCUCCACCUGGCGGUGAAGUUCUUCCCGCCCGACCCGGGCCAGCUGCAGGAGGAGUACACCCGGUACUUGUUCGCCUUGCAGCUGAAGCGAGACCUCCUGGAGGGCCGUCUGACGUGUGCGGACACCACGGCCGCGCUGCUGACCGCCCAUCUCCUGCAGGCUGAAAUUGGUGAUUAUGAUGAAACCCUGGAUCGAGAACACCUCAAAGGCCACCGGUACCUGCCCAGCCAGGAACGCUCCCUGGAGAAGGUUCUGGAAUUCCAUCGGAAGCACAUGGGCCAGACGCCGGCCGAGUCCGACUUCCAGGUGCUGGAGAUUGCCCGCAAGCUGGAGCUGUACGGCGUGCGGCCACACCCUGCCGCCGAUCGGGAGGGCGCCAGGAUCAGCCUCGCCGUGUCCCACAUGGGGGUCCUGGUGUUCCAGAGCACGACCAGAAUCAACACUUUCAACUGGUCCAAGGUCCGCAAGCUGAGCUUCAAGAGGAAGCGGUUUCUCAUCAAACUCCACCCGGAGGCCCACGGCCCUCACCAGGACACGCUGGAGUUCCUGAUGGGGAGCAGGGACGAGUGUAAGAACUUCUGGAAGAUCUGUGUGGAGUAUCACACCUUCUUCCGGCUGCUCGACCAGCCCAAGCCCAGAGCGAAAGCCGCCUUCUUCGGCAGAGGCUCCUCCUUCAGAUACAGCGGGCGAACUCAGAGGCAGUUGGUGGACUAUGUGAGAGACGGUGGGAUGAAGAGAGUGCCCUACGAACGGAGACUCAGCAAGACUCGGCUGUCUGUCCAGGAGCUGCCCCGGCAGAGCCCGGCACUCCCCGAGGCCUUGAGGACGCCUGCGGCCCCCCUCCCCUUCUCCGUCCCCACCUGCCCCCGGGGCCCCGCCGGCCUGCCUGACUUCAGGGACCACAGCUGUCCCCCGGCGACACCCCCGGCAGAGAGGAGCGGAGCGGCCACCCGCGGCCCCGACGUCGGCCGGGCCCAGCCCCCCGGGGCCCCCGAGCCACAGCCAGGCCCAGGUGCCUCGGGGUGGGGCCCCGCGGUGAGGGGGUGCAGGGGGCCCCAGCCGGCCAGUGACCGGGGCUCGUGCCCGCGCCCGUGUGGCCGCCCAGGCGUGGGGGGCGGCCCCAUCUUGGCGCUGGCAGGCGCCCCUCUGCAGGUGUCCGAGGAGUUCAUAGACGAUGACCCGGCCGAGAUCUCGUUCUUUGCCGGUGGCUCCGAGGCGUUCGCCUUCCCCUUCGGUGGCGGGAGCGGCACCUCUCCGAAGCCCCGGGCGCCGGGCAGCUGCCCACGCUCGGCGCGGUCCAGCCCGGACAGGUACUCCACAGAGGCCGUGCGCCUGGACGCCGACGACAGCUGUGACUCGGACGGGGAGCUGCCCGGCCCGCACCCCUCGGGCCCCCCGGGCCUCCUGCGGGGGCUGCCCAGCGCCUCGGACGCCGGCUCACUCAGGAACAGCCCGUCCCCGAGCGGCUCCCUCAGCCAGCUGCCGCUCGGCCUGCCCCUGCGCACGCCCAGCUCGGCCGGCCAGUCCGAGGCCAGCUCCAUGGCCAACUUCCCCGCCUGCUCCGUGCGCUCCGAGUCCAGCUCUGCCUUCCAGUUCUCCGACAUCCUGGACCAGCUGGAGCAGCUCAGCUGCCCACCCACGGCAGCCGAGAGCCCCAGCAGCAGCGAGGCCGAGUCCUGGGGCUCCGAGCCCGAGGCCCCGCUGGACAUCAGCCUCUUCCUCGGCCACCGCUUCGCACAGCCCAUGGGCGAGAGGCUGGCUGCCGGGUGGAUGGGCGGUGGCACGACCGUAGCCCCGGGGGAGUGGACCCAUAGCCUUCCUGUGGACAGUCCUGGGCCUCCCUCCGGCCGGAAGGGCCCCCUGAGCCCGGGCCCCCUCGAGCAGAGCCCGUCCCCCCUCCCGAGCCCAGGACUCGGCGACGCUGGCGGAGCCGGGACGGACAGCAGCGAGGACGAGGCGAGUCCCGAGAGCACGGCAGCAGACGAAGCCUUGUUCAUUGCCCAGGAGAUUCUUGCUACGGAACGAACAUACCUGAAGGACUUAGAAGUCAUCACUGUGUGGUUCCGCAGUGCAGUGGUCCAGGAGGAGGUCAUGCCCGCCGAGCUGAUGGCACUGCUCUUCUCCAGCAUCGACCCCAUCUACGAGUUCCACAGAGGCUUCCUGCGUGAGGUGGAGCAACGGCUGGCACUCUGGGAAGGACUUUCCAACACCCAGGAGACACAGAGUCAUCAGCGAAUUGGUGACGUGUUGCUCAGGAACAUGCAUCAGUUAAAGGAGCUCACCAGCUACUUCCAAAGGCACGACGAGGUCCUGACAGAACUGGAAAAGGCCACCAAGCGCUUCAAGAAGCUGGAGAUGGUGUACAAGGAGUUCGAGCUCCAGAAAGUCUGCUACUUGCCUCUCAGCAGCUUCCUGCUGAAACCCCUCCAGCGGCUGGUCCACUACCGCCUCCUGCUGGGCCGGCUGUGCAGGUGCUGCACGUCCGGGCACCCGGACUCUGCCGACUGCCAGGCUGCCCUCAAGACCAUCACGGACAUGACCUCCAGUCUCCGGCCCAGCCUUGCCCGACUUGAGAACCUUCAGAAGCUGAUGGAGCUGCAGCGAGACCUGGUUGGCAUCGAGAACCUUGUCGCCCCCGGCAGGGAGCUCCUCCGUGAGGGCAGCCUCUACAAGCUCACCAGGAGGGGCCUGCAGCAGAGGAUGUUCUUUCUGUUCUCGGACGUGCUGCUGUACACGAGCAGAGGCCUCUCGGGCAGUGGCCGCUUCCGGACCCGAGGCCUCCUCCCUCUUCGAGGCAUGCUGGUGGAGGAGAGCGAGAAGGAAUGGUCCAUCCCCAACUGCUUCACCAUCUGCACGGCACAGAAAGCCACCGUGGUGGCAGCCAGCACCCAGCUGGAGAAGGAGAAGUGGACGCGAGACCUGAACGCCGCCAUCGAGGCCACCAGCCCCGGAGGGGACACAGCCCUGGCCCGGCCCGGCCCCACGAGCUCUCUCCCCCACGUGCCGUCCGACCCGCUGUCGCUGGAGCACGAGCCCAUGUGUGGUGCACAUGGCACCCCGGAGGGGCAGGCCCAGCCCCGGGCCAACAUCACGGCGCACGUGUGCUGGUACCGGAUCACCAGCGUCUCCCGGGCCGACCGCAGCGCUGCCGCGGAGAACCAGCUGUCAGGCUACCUGCUGAGGAAGUUCAAGAACAGCGACGGCUGGCAGCAGCUCUGGGUGGUCUUCACCGACCUCUGCUUGUUCUUCUACAAAACCCACCAGGACGACUACCCGCUGGCCAGCCUCCCCCUGCUGGGCUACAGAGUGAGCGAGGCCGGGGCUGCUGACGGCAUCCGCAAGGAGCACGUCUUCAAGCUGCAGUUCAAGGGCCACGUCUACUUCUUUCGGGCCGAGAACAAGUACACGCUCAGGAGGUGACCGCACCGUCCCCACCUCCAGCCCCAGGGCACUGGGGAGGGCCACGUGCCCUCUGCCCAUCACUGGACUCUGGUGGUCGGGGGGGGGUUCUGAGGGGCAGGCCCGCCCAUGCACCUGGGCCUCUCUGCAGGUGGAUGGAGGUUAUUGAGACGGCCAGCAGUGCUCCGGGGGGGGCGGGGUCCCCCCCCGACUGACCCACCUGGACGAGGACGAGGGUGACCGAGGAAGCAGGGCAGAGCCCCUCACCGGAGUGCCCCAGAGCGUGCGGUGACAUGGGGGCAGGGCUGGGGGCCCGGAGGGAGGAGACGCACACAGAAGGGCAGUGCUGGGCCGCAGUGUGGACACCGGCUCGCCCAGCCAAGCCCCCGCCGCAGCAGUGCCC